ACUCACACAUAUACAGCAGUGGUGGUAUGGCAGCCAGGAAACAGACAGCCAUUUUAUAAUCUGCAGCCUGUCUGUUAUAUUUGCAGUUUAAACUGCUUUUUCCAUCUGUUAAUAAUGGGUCAGUGUGGGAUUACGUCGUCUAAGACGGUCUUGGUGUUCCUGAACCUGAUAUUUUGGGCCGCUGCUGGCAUCCUGUGCUAUGUUGGAGCCUACGUGUUUAUCACUUAUGAUGACUAUGACCAUUUCUUUGAGGAUGUGUACACCCUGAUCCCAGCCAUCGUCAUCAUCGCAGUCGGAGCGCUGUUGUUCAUUAUUGGACUCAUUGGAUGCUGCGCCACUAUUCGAGAGAGCCGCUGUGGGCUUGCCACAUUCGUCAUCAUUCUCAUGCUGGUAUUUGUGACUGAGGUGGUUGUGGUGGUUCUUGGCUAUAUUUACAGAGCAAAGGUGGAAGAUGAGGUCAAUCAUUCCAUCCAGAAAGUGUAUAAUGAGUACAACGGCACCAACAUGGAUGCUCCCAGCCGCGCUAUUGACUAUGUGCAGAGACAGCUCCAUUGUUGCGGCAUCACCAACUACUUGGACUGGAAGAACACCAGCUGGUUUAAGGAGUCCAGGAACAACAGCGUGCCACUGAGCUGCUGCAAACCCAACGUGAGCAACUGCACCGGCUCGCUCUCCCGUCCCGGAGACCUCUAUCCUGAGGGAUGUGAAGCCCUGGUUGUGAAGAAACUGAAAGAGAUCAUGAUGUACGUCAUCUGGGCCGCUCUGACAUUUGCUGCUAUUCAGAUGCUGGGAAUGCUGUGCGCUGGUGUGGUGCUUUGUCGCAGAAGCCGGGACCCGGCCUAUGAGCUCCUCAUCACUGGAGGGACGUAUGCAUGAAAAAACCUAGCAGACAGACUCUUUUCAUGCACACACCAACAGUCUCACUCACACACACACACACACACACACACACACACACUGGGCUCAGGGUUCUGUCGGUGUGAGGUGGCACACUGGAUAUGCCCUUAUAUAUCUCUUUGUUUCUACAUACCCCACACAGGGUUUGCUCACACAAUUCACUGGUGAUGGGUGAAGCGAAGUGCAUAAUAUUUAUUUAUACAGUACGUCACUGAAAAUGACUGCGUUUUAAUUUAAACCUUUGUCUUUCUCUCAAAGGCGUUGGGCCAGACUGCAAAAUGGCGAACAGCCAGUUUUUUAUCCCGUUGAGAAGAUUAAAAUAACACUUUCUCUUCCUCGUCUCUAUUAUAUGGAGUGGAAGAUGCUGUUAUUGUAUGGAAUAAUAUGUGGAAUGUAUGCUUUCCUCAUUUGUUAGUUUGCACUAUGUGUACGGUUUAAUAUAUCCAUAUUACAAAUACCAAGGUGGUAAAUGGCUGGGGAAAUGUGGAUCAACUCGUGGUGUACCGCUGUCUCAGAUGUCACCCAUCACCAGUCCGCUGCUCAGGGACAGUGGCAGUGUGAGAGACAGGUCUGGAUUGACCACACAAGAUUACUUUGCAUUAUGGGUCCAAAUCGUACAGCUAAAUGUUCAAAAUGGUGUUCACAGCGGUUUACAUGUAAAGUGUGAACAGGUUUUGGGGGGGAGGGGGGGACACUCUACAUGCACUACCUAAAAGUUACCAAACUUAUAUUAUUUUCCUUCUUUUUCCAUUGCUUACAGUGUGAACAUUACUAGUCUUGUAAUAUAUAGUUUAAAGUUAGUUUGGAUAACAUGUAGGUAUGUAGAACAGGUUCAACAGUGUAUUAGUUUAAAUGAAUGUACAUAGGGAGGAAACAAAUGGUGAAAAGCUCGCAAUUUCGAUCUUCAAAUAAAUGUUUCAUAAGUUGA